GUCACGAGGAGCACGUGUCACGACGCCGCGUAGUCCCAAGUAGUCGCAGCAGCAGCAGCCAAGCACGUGCGCGCGUGCUACCUCCUCGUGUACCGCGUCGGCCUUCGUGGGUGCUUCUCGCCGACAGCACUCGCCCCCCUACAGUCUGCGCGACCAUGGCCGAGCCCGCGAAGCCCGCGUCCACAACCACGACGACGACCAACAACGCGUGGAACAUCCCCCCCAACGCCCCGGCAUGCAUGGAGAGAAGUCUGGACGCGCUGCAGUACAGGAAAGAUGAUGGUGCUAUGUUGCUCGGUGCCUCCAGUCUAACGGGCCGCUACUGGAUGGGAUCCAUCUGGUUCUACAAGGACCCCUCCAAAGCACCCGAGGAGGGCUUCUGCAGUGCAGGAGUGCAGACGGAGGCAGGUGUUGCCGAUGCUCUCUGGGUCGGCGACAAGGGCAUCCUUGUGGCCUCGGAUUCUGGUGCACUGGAGCUGUGGGAGCUGGCAGAGAACGAGGCCUACCUUUGCAGCCGACACUGCCGCUACGAGCACAAUGACAUUGUCACCCGAAUCAGCACGUCGGGGUCAAGGGUUGUGUCUGGCAGCCUGGACCGCAGUGUGAAGGUGUGGGACCUGUCAGAGCUCAAAGUGGUGUCAUCAUAUCGUGGUCAUUCUGCCUCCGUGGACUGUGUCUCCUUCUCGCCACACGAUGACAACUUAUUCCUCUCUUGUUCUCAGGAUGGAAAAAUUAUGCUCUGGGACCUAAGAAAGGCCAAGCCAGCCGUUGUGAUGGAUACGAAGCCCAACGGAUCAGUGCCAACAUGUGUGGCAUGGAGCCCACACCAUAGGAUGAGUGUUGCUUUUGGGACAGAAUUGGGUCAUAUUGGUUUAAGAGACCUGGGAAAUCCAACCACAUCCUUAAAGUCAGCUCAAAUCCAUUCAAGGAGCAUCUUCAGACUUUCUUUCUGUCCUCACAACCCAUCUCUCCUUGCCUCCUCGGGUGAUGACUGUCUCGUGGCUGUAACCGACGUGGAAAAUGAUCUGAAGAAAAUAUUUGAGGACCGAUCUCACAGUGACUUUGUGCACGGGCUGGCUUGGUGCCCACUGCAACACGGACGUCUGACCACAGCUGGGUGGGACCACCGCGUGUUACACCACCGUGUGCCAAGCUCCUCAGAUGGAGGAGGCGAGCCCCUCUCUGAGGAGACUGUCCCAAUGGAAACUGCCAACGCUUGAAACCUGAACAACUUUAGUAGCACUGGUGAUAGCAAUGGUGUGAUCGGUUAUUUUGCCAGUGAUUAAAAUAUGGUCAUGUUCACAAUAAUUUUAAUGGAGUGCGAAUUUGCUUUUAAACUUUCCAGAAUGUUGACGUAUGUACCUAACAGCGAAUUGAUGUAUACAUUUCCAUACGAGUUUCUGUUGAUUUGAGUAGGACAUACAAACAGUGCUUCAUAACCGGUGUGCCACGGCACAAACGGAGACACAGACCAAGACGCACACAAAGAUACGUGGACACGAAUACACUCGCACAAAUAGACACACAGAUACGAAGAGUCAGAGAUGCGGAGACAUAGGCACGAAGAUACACAAACGGAGAACCACACACUCGUACACAUGGAGACACAUGGACAUACAGAGACACAGACAGACACAAUAGUAACAACCUCCAUUCGCCACUAAGUGUUAAAGGCUCGCUGGCAAGAGGUCACGGAAGUCCCAGGUGCCAUUGGUUGACUGUCUUAGAUGACAUGUAGUUGCACCAACUGUGGUCCCCACUGUUCUCACUUGCUCCGUCUUAGCCGCCUGGGACUCCACUCGUUGUGAGCGUCGCUUCUCCACGCUGUUGUUGCUAGAGGACUUCUGCCUCCAACUGCCCAGUAGCAUCCUUCAUGAAUCUUCUCCACAGAGGCCGACCCUGACACCGCUGCUGGUACCAGUCAUUGGCAAUUCCAAUCAGCUCCACAUCCUUCUGUACCACAUCGGUCCAUCUCUUCGCUUGCCUGUGUCCAUGUCCUUUUAGCCUCAUCUAUCCGGCCAAACAGAAGCUGCUUGGGCAUGCUGUGGCUCGUUAUGCGGGCUACAUGACCCAGCCAACACAGCCUCACCUGCUGGAGGAGCUCACUAAUAGGACUGUGGUCAGAUUGUCGAAGGAUUUCUGAGCUCACACAAUACAGCAGUCUUGUUAAAUCCAGGAUGGAUUGUAGACAGGUUAGCCUGUGUUUCAAAAUGGCACAGGUGUUGCUUUAGAGGGCUCCAUGUUUCACAAGCUUUGUAUGGAGCGACAGGGCACAUAGCUUUCACACAGCAUUACACAGCUGAUGUAAAGAUAAUGCCGCUCGACUGAUUCGGAGCGAGACCUCUGCUGCCAAACCGGAGCUGGUCAUAAGCACACUGCCUAGGCAAGAAAACUUUUCCACUCUUUCCACAGCUGCCCCAUCGCUCAUGGGGAGUGGAGGGAGGGGGGAGCAUUUAACAUAAAAUACUCGGGCAGCUCCUUUGUUUUUGCGGGCUGAUGGUAAGGCCACAUCUCUAUGUAGCAUGCUCUAGGUUCAGCAGUAGCAUAUCCUGCUCCUAAGAUUGGGCAGCAAUUACCAGAUCAUCUGCAUACAUAACAUGGCUGACCAAUAGAGAGCCAACCCUUGACCCCACCCGAGCAUCGAUCAGGCUCCCAUUACAUCCAUUGGAAUCUUCUCCACCUACGUGGUCAAAGAAGAUUAAAUACUGUCGGGGCCAGAGGACAUCCCUGGCGCACCCCAAGGUGAACAGAAAAUGGCUUUGAAUCCUGGCCACGCAGCUUUGCCCGGAUCUGCCCACCACCAUGAAGGUCCUUAAUGAUUGUGAGCAGAGGGGGUCUAGGACUCCGAAAGCACAAAGAAUUACCCAAAGCCCUGACCUACUGAGGAUAUCAUAGGCCUUGACAAGAUCAAUAAAGCAGAGAUGUAGGUCCUGUUGAAAUACACUCACACAGACACAUAAAGAUCCCCCAUAUAGCCUUUAACAGACUGCUGGGUCAAGGGCUGUUAGCGAGCACAGAGACACAGACCUGCACAGACAUGGAGAUACACAAGGACACCCAGACCCUAACACAGACACGAAUACAUUUACGCAGUUAGGAAAAAAAUGUGUCACGGAUUUUGGCAGUGCCACUUGAUGGGUAUAUGCAAGGGGUCGUGAGUUCUCUCGGUUACAACACAUUCCCACUCACCCACCCAGGCCCACAGUAAUUGUUUGGUUUGAUAUGCCGCGAAUAUCGAGCAAGCUGGAAAGUGUGCUGUGGAGUGAAAGGUUGAGAAGCACUGCAUAAAAACUAAAUGGUUCGUCUCACCUGUAGUCAUAUUGAUGGCUACAGUGAUACAACCUCGGAACAAUAUUUCACAUGGAAGUGAUGUUCUUAGUGUUUGUCUACGCACUAAAUUAGCUGCAUUUUGUUUGGAAAUUCGGUGUCGUGUUCAUGGUUAUCGUACCACAAGUUCCUCGUUGAAAUAAUAAAGUGCUUCCGAGCA